AUGGCAGAAUUAUUGGAGCUCCAAAAUGAGUUAUUAUCAAUGAAGUGCUGCCUCUGCGAGAUUGUUUUGUCAAUCCCACCGAUAAUGGUACUCUCUCAAGAUGGUACUCGAUUGAAGUGCGGAAGAUGCAAGAAUAGAAAUGACGAACUGUCGAUUUGCAGAAGUGUUGUUUUUGAGAGAAUGGCGAAGUUCAUAUCAUUUCCUUGCAUAUACAAUGAUUGCAAUGAGAUUAUUCCGUGGAAAGAUGUGGAAAGUCAUGAAGACGCUUGUGAUAAAAGAACAGUGAAAUGUCCAAUCUAUUAUCAGAAUUGUGAAGAAAAUGUACGGGUGCUGAAUUUGGAGGAGCACUUGAAACGUUAUCAUGAAGAUAACAUUUUUUAUGAAACUCGCAAAUAUUUGACACCCACCACUAGUAACAUGAUAAGUUUUAUUAUGUUCAAGAAUUAUCAGUUCAUUACAGCAAUCAAAAAUAGCGAAAAUUCGGCUGAAAUAUAUGUUGCUUCUUUGAAAAAAAUCAAUGAAUGUUUCACAUACACUUUGAAAUUGUCCAGCACAUGUGAUGACACCUUUUUCGCAUAUGAAAAUCAGCCAAUUAGCAAAUAUGAUGAAGUUGAUCAUUGUCUCAAAUGUAUGUUAACUGAAUGUGAUUUGAAUGACUAUCCUCAUACAAGAGUGGAAGACGAUGUUCCUGUUCGCAUUUGUGCAAAGAAAGUUGAUCUCACUGCCGUGAAAAUUCAUUUUGGUGAUAUUCCCGAUUCCGAGAUCAGAUACAGCCUAUCAAUCAUCCCGACAAAGGAAUAUGAGGAUAACAACAGAGAAACAUCGAGCGAUACUGCAACAGUAGGAAACAUCGUCGAUGAAUGUUUGGAGAAGCUUAAAAUGCAGUUACAGUGUCCUAUAUGCAUGGAGUACAUGAUUAGCAACAUCUAUAACUGCGAUAAUGGACAUGUAUUGUGCAAUAACUGCAGAACCCGAGUGAUUGAUUGUCCUACUUGUAGAACAAAUUUCGAACAAUCGAGAAAUUUUCCAUUGGAGAAUUUGGCUGAUGAAAUAGUUUUUGCUUGUAUAUUUUCCAGAAACGGUUGUCAAAUUACUGGGAAAUUGACAUUGCUCUCUCAACACGAAAAAGAAUGUAGCUGUGCACAAGAAGAUGGGUGA